AUGCGCGUUCAUUUCGAGGAGUUCGCUGCACAGUUGCGACUGCGUCGACACCACGAACAUCGAAAGCGAAUACUAUCAAGUAGGAAGAGGCAUCUUCAGAAUGCAGUGGCACUAUCUGCCCGCUUGCACCGCGUGGGGUCAUGGGUGCAUGUAGGACUAGUGCAGAUAUCAACGCAAGGCGAUGCUGCUGGCUUCUCCCGAGUACAUCAGCAUAUGCAGGACUUGAUUGACCUGUGUCUGUCUCAAUGGUCCCACGAAAUUCAGGCUUUGGAUGUGCAACCUUCAUCGAAAUCGGCCGACAAUGAGUCUUUUCUUAACCAGCUACAACCCGCCAUCCGAGCCGAUUGUCUUGAUUUGAUCCAUACCUUGAGGGCCAAACCAAGUUUUCUGGUCGAGAAGUUCAAGGCCAUGUCUGCCGCUCAGAUCUCUGCACUGUCAACUUUCCCUAGGUUCUCAAAACUAUCUGAUUCUGUCCUGUCGUCGCUUUCGCAGAACCGAGGGCGAAAUUCUCAGAGAAAGCGAAUCAAAGCCUACUCAAAAGAGCUUGAAGAGUAUGCCUCGUCCUUCGAGAGAUCCAAUCCCCUUUCGUUCCUUCUUCACAACGUCUACGGCACAUCUGAUGAUCUCAGAAGUCAUGAAAGUCGGUUGCGGAUAUCAACAUGGUCUUCCAUUUGUGCCAGUCUGAUGAUGGAGUCCGAACCAGCGUACGAUGAGAUCAUUGGCCAUGUACUGUUUGCCUUUGCUUCUCUAUAUCAGUGGCAAAUUAAGGAUCGGUUGGAGUUGUUUUUGAUGAAGAUUUUACAGGAGGGAGCGUUUCUUUUGGAUCGUCCAGAGACUUCCGCUUCAGCAUCUCAAUUCGAAUUUGUUGGCAACUUCGAUGCAUUCGGUACACCACAAGCCCAAGAGUUCUUCAAUGAGGCGGUUAAGGAUCUUCUACAAUUGCUAGCUUGUGACGAUGGCAUUCCUCCGGGCGCCCUCCAUCUCAGUCGUGCGAUAAUGGCCAAGCUUCCAUCCGUGGAAGAUCAAUUGAAAUUCAGGGGUGACUUCAUUUUCAAGUGGUUUAUGAGAGAUUUCUUGCGAAUCGCCCUAGAGUUUCCAGAGGACGAGGGAAUGCUUCUCCAAUUCCACAUUAGCGACAAAAAACGAGGCUUGCUCCUGCAUCACCUCUACGAUCGUACCUCUAGCCGUGCAGGUGAUGUCUAUAGUUCAGUACGAUCUCAACCAGUUGACCCAGCGGUUCAUUGCUAUGUAGAUCUGCUUAUCGACCAAGUCCAACCGUACGGCCAGUAUUUCGAUCCGUACGAUGCUAGCAGCCCAUCACAGCCUCGGGGCACACUCUAUUCUCCAUCAUACGUGUCCAUAUGCGCAGCAGAUAUCACGCAUAUUUUGGACAGCCUCAGCCCGCAAUUUAUCCACACCUCCAGUACCUGGGAUUCCUUCAUGAGCUCAUCACAUUCCGCUUUUAGCAUGCAAUAUCCAAUCUCUCGUACCAGUGGCCGAUUUGAUAAGCUCCGUCAGGCUGUUCUCGCUACGAUUGAGCCAGGACACUCAUCCAAAAAUGUCCACCCAUGCCAAGAACACUGGGCAACACUGAUAGUUUCGGCGACAGGACAGCUUCAAGAGCUUCCAGAUCUGCACAGCACGCACCAAAAGACCACACAUCUUGUCAAAAACCUUGAUACAGCCCAGGACGCGGCCGUACAUUUAGUGGAGGGAUUGUCCACUUCCGAUCAACAACAUCCAGGCACACCCACGAUCAGAAUGGGACAGUCUCUGUCUGAAAUGUUCACCAAGGAAAGAAUUAUUGCCCAAGUCCAGACCGACAGUGUCGCAGCCCUGUAUUGGCACACGGCCCACGAAUUCCUGCGACUACAGUAUCCUGUUACUUUUCUGACUGGAGACGACACAAAAGUCCUUGCACCUAUCAUUGCAGCCUUGAGGGACUCUGACCAUGGAAUCUCAGAUGGUAUUACCCAGCUCGAAGAGCAGGUCGCUGACUUGGAGUCUUCAUUUACUGCAGCUAGAGCUAGAUUGACAAGAUUGAUGACUGCAGUGGAAAAGCUUCGACUCAAGGUAUGGUACGCCAUGAAUGUUGUGAUAUCAAUUGAAUACGAAGGGGCCAAGAAUAUCUCGACAGCUUUAAACAAUAUGGCAUCCUCGACUCCCUGGUCUCCGGAAUUUGUCCAAGAUGGGAGAGAAGCAUCAGGGUCCAGCCGCCCGAGUACAUCUGGCACUUCAACAUCGUCGUUCUUUGAUCAGCCACGAAUCGACACAAUGACUAUUCUCAAAGCACCAAAAGAAUAUGGUGGCCCAAGAAAACUAUCAGACCCACAGAUUGACAUGACGAGGAAAUGGCUCAAAAGGGUAGACAAUUUCUGCAAAGGUGAGGAGAGAAUCCACCGGUUUUGCAUGGAGGUCAAGCUCGCCACCAAAAAGCUUGUGGGUGAAACAAUGAGCGACAGCCCCGUUCUUUGGUCAAGUGAACUUUUCGCACGCGAGAAAGUACUCUAUGAUGAACAGGCGAGUGCAGUGUAUAGCGCUCAACCAAGUACGAGAGCUCCCAGUGUCAUGAGCGAGCCCCUCUCAUCUAGUCCUUUCCCGAAUCGAUUUGGACUCCUUGGGUUUCGAUCAUCAUUCUACAGCCAAUCGUCAAGCCGAGCAGGGAGCGAUCUGGCCUCGUUGAUCAGUUCACCAGGACGUGCACCCACAGUCACCACGCUUGACACCGGAAACACCAUUUUUACGCCUCCGCAAUCAAACCCGCGAUCAGCAACUUCGAUCUCCUCUCGAUCGCGCCCUGCAUCAACCUUCGAAGGAACUAAUCUGGGUCGUCCAAUGGAUCACAGUGCGGAAAAGGCGCGCUUUCUCGAAAACCUUCAACAGGGACUAACGUGUAUGUUGCUGUCGGACCUUGGCUGUCUCGUUUGGAGCCUUGGAAGCGAGACAGACACGUGGAUGAGCACGGUGAGGGCUACACAGAGUGUCAGUGAUCGACUUCGGCAGAGAGCAUUGAUGGCUCGCCUCAUGGCCGAGUCCGAAACUUCAAUUAAUGCCAAUCAUCUGCAGGGCAGAAAUCCCGGACACGCAAGAAAAAGAAGUCAAAGUUCCGGAGCGGCCGCUGAUGCCUCCCCCAUAAUUACACGUGCGAGUGUUCUUGAUACGAUUGAGACAGUCUUGAAUGAUCCCACCGAGGAUGGAGACCCGAGCAAAUUUACAUUUCGGAGGGCAUUUGAAGACAUACUGGCUCGAGUCAGUCAGCACGUGGAUCCUAAUUUGAAAUUGAAAGCAAUUGGGGAUUUCAGACACCUCUCGUUGCUCCUUCGGAAAUCGCUGAUGGCAAGGUCAGGCACUGAUGCAGAGCGAGGAGAAACAACACGUCGUCGCAGUCUCAAUCCCAGCCUCCUAACCGCAAAUAUGGAGCGCAUAUACACGAAGGAAAAUCGAACGAGACUGCUUGACGCCGGCCCUGAUAACACUGAGGAGUCCGAUACCGUCCAACUUUUGAAGCGACUUCUCUUUGUCUUGUGCCCCAGGACUAUAUUUCGAGAUCUACAAUAUAUCUCAGCGUUUGUGUCUUCGCAUACACUAGACAAUACUGAAACGGGGCGAGCAUUCCUGCAUGUUGGACUGGCAACGUUGGCGUGGAAAGACGAGGUCUGUCGUGGAAUGGUCGAUGUGGCGGAUCGCAUCGUGGUGAAAGACUCGACCAAGAGACAGAACAGUGGGGACAGAGAGAAAGAGGUAUCGAUCGCCAAAGCAGCGGAGUACUGGAUGAUUGCGGCACGGGAAGGGAACGCUAUCGCACAACGAGAACUGGCAAGCUUGUAUCUGACACAUCCUGAGAGCACGCCCGUCAUUAGUAUGCCAUUAGCACUUGGAUCGGAUAUCUUCAAGAGUGAAAUGAUGUGGACAGAAAAAGGGGAAAGAGCGACACGGCAUAGCAGUCAAGCUCUAUGUCUUGCGUUGCACUGGAUGCAACACGCAGCCAACAACGGCGACGCAGUUGCGCGGACGAAACUAAGUGAGCGACAAGCAGGUCGUUCGAUUCGAUGA